GGUAUUUCAGUGGAAAACAACAAAAGAAGGGGCUAAACUAAGAAAAAGGCAAAACUCCCCCCCACCUCUCAAAUUCAAAUCAAAUCAGUCAACUCCCUGCCAAAAGAAAACUCAUCCAUUCACUCCCUUUGUAGGGUUAGAUCUCAAACUGUAACUCUCUCUGUUCAAUUCUCUCGCCAAAUGAACCAAUCAUCAAAAACCCACAAGCAAAAACGCCAAACUGGAUUACCAGAACAACCCACCAAGACCCAUAGGAGAAAGAAACAGCCUCAGCAUCAGCCAAGCUUUAGAAGAAACCCACUUCAAGAUCUCAAUAAUGGUGGCAUUGAUAGCACCAGCAUUGAUAGCACCAGCAAUGCUUCUUCUUUAUCCUCCAUUGAAGCUCCUAAGGGCUGUCUCAGGUUCUUCCUCUCUCAGUCUUCUUCUUCCAGGACUGCAAAAACUCCUUUCAAUAAUAGCAGUAAUAAUCAGAGACUGAUAAAAGUAAAGCCCUUCUCCUCAAAAACCCCCACGUCAGCUCCUGAUAUGAUGAGACCCCCAAAGGAGAACUCAUCAAGGCAGAACCUUUUUGAGAGACCCAUUUCAAAAAAGGUGGAGAAGGUGAAGAGAAACCAUCCUCCAUGUCUGUACCAAUGGCAAUCUGGUAAGAAACGCACUUGUUCUAGAAAUGAAAUUGCUAAUCCUAAAGUUUCGUCCUUUUCGGAAUCAAGUGGCAGUCUUGUAAAUAAUAAGCUGAAAUCUGGGUCUGGAGAGUUGAAAAAGGUGAUAAUUGAUGGAGUAUAUGAGGGUAGUGAAGCAAAUUUUACUCCUUUGUGUAAAGUGGCCAGUGGGUCUGGUUUGAAUCUUGGAGCUGAUGGUAAGGUUAUGAAUGAUGAUUUUUAUGAGAAAUCAUCAAAUUGUAAUACUGACUCAAAAUCAACAAGUAGCAAUACCAAGACACCUCCAGUUCAGCCCUCAGUAUCACCAGAGAUACAAUGUGGAUCAUCUAUGAAGCUAAUGACAGGGAAACCUAUUACUCCUGCUACGUGUUAUGGUGCUGGUCAUGUUGUGUCUGGGGUCACUGACAAGAGGAAGUGUAGGCCUAGAGGGAUACUCGCUUGUGGAGAAGCUAAAGCACUUGGUAGUUUUGAUAGUGAUGAGGAUAUUGAACAAGAGAAUGAUAUAGCGCUUGUUGAGAAUUCUGCUCUUUCUGUGUUGCCUUUGCCUAUUGAAGCUUCAAUGCAUUGGCUUUUAUCGCCCUGCGAUGAGGAUGAGGACCAGAAGGAGAAUUCUCGAAACAAGUUAUGCGGUUUUCAGAGAUUGGAGGUGCGUGCCAUGCACAAUUCUCCUGCUUCAAUUUCAUCUGGCUAUGGUGGCUUUUCACCGAAUUUGUGCAAUACAAGUGCUAACAGAAGUAUCUCUACUGUUAGUGCCGGGAGUAGGAGGAGUGCUUCUUUGCUUUCUCCCAGUGAGCUCCCUCUUCCCGAGUUUCAAGGAUUUCUGGGAACUCCUUUAUGUGACGACUUUGCUGUUUCACCUUUAGAGGAAGAGACGAAUAAUCGCCGUGGCCUAGAUGGAGAGAACUCUCCAUUCUCCAUAGGCUCGUUGGGUAGUGGGAAUGUAAUCCAGACUCCCCAAUCUGAUUCUAGCUCAGAUAGACGAGUUGGCGCGUCUUGGUUACAAGUAGAUGGUAAUAGAAAGAAAUGUAGCUUUCAUUCUGAACUCAAUUCAGUGGCUGAGCAUCUUCAGAUGACUAGUUUAUCUCCCAAGAGCCAUGCAUCAAUAUGGGAUCCAAACAAUUCAAGUUUUCGAUUUGAUUCUCUGACCAUGCCUUCCAAUUCAGUCGAUCUUUCUAAGUUUCACAAAAUUUUGGACGAUCGGGCUUCUUGGUUUUCUAAUUCUACAAUCGAGAAUGUAUCACAAUCUCAGAUGAGAAUAUCUUGGAGGGAAGGAUUGGUAAGUCGUAUUUUUGAGAUGGAUGAAUUUGAUUGUUGUAGAUACUUGUCUGAUGAAGAGCAUGAUGGCAGUGCCUGCAAAAUUGAUUGCUCAAAAUCUCAUAAGAGUCCUGAGCUCAAUGUUGAUGCAGCAACUGAUCGCAUUUCAAUUAACUGUUUUGGAUCUACUGAAUAUGUAAUGAAGGAACAGGGAACAGGUGACAAAACCAAGGAUAGCCUCCCUUCUCAGCCACCAUGUUCAUGUGCAGAGUCCAUAAGCACCGAUGGUGGUGGUCUUGUUUGUUCAGAUGAUUCAGAUUGGACCCUAUGCUACAAGAACCAUUUGUUUCAAGUAUAAUUCCUCUCCUUUGUUUUUUAAUUCAAUCAGAUAAACUCUGGCAAGCUUUAGCUCAAACGUGGUUCUUAAGGAUCGAGAUUGUACUAGUUACACAAUUUGUAUUUCAGUUGUAUUUCUCUUGAUUUUACUUAGUUUAAAUAUUGAUAUUCAUUGUUAUAUGAAAUCCAUUAACACUCUUUAUUCCAUUGCUAAAUUGUUUACAUCUCA